AAGACCUGCCACAGUAGGAACUUCAACGAGUGAACCCCGUGAGUGAGUGGUUUCGUGGCGAGGUUCCAGACUGCAUUUUUUCCCGCUUCAGCGUCAGUUACUAUGUGCAACUUGAUGUGUGCGUAUGUCCGCAAGUUCGCUCUGCUCGGAAUCUGCAUUUUAGUAGCCAGCGCGUUCUGGUGGUGCUUCUGCUGCUGCAUCUACUCCGCGAUGUUGGGCAGCCGCGAAGACGAAAGAUGGUCCUAAGAACGACCCGUAUUUUUGCAAUAAUACAAACCUGAUGUGGAACGACUCCAAAACCAAGUGUGAGAGAGAGAAAAGUGUGCGAAGUAAAUAAAAACAGGAAAAAAAAACAAAUAACACAACAACCAGCUGGAUAGUUCGAAAGAAGAUUUGCGAGAAGAGAUGUUGAUGAAGAAAUUUGCGAGUUGCUGACGGUUGUUUGCCAUCACGCCGGCGAAGAUAGCGAGUGUUGUGCCAGUGUUUUUGUUGCCAUUCUGUUUUGUAUCCUCGGUUCCGUUCGAUGCGGUUUGAAACGGAUGAAAAUUGAAUGUGAAGUUGUUACAGUUGAAGGUCGUCCGUUUUUGCCAUCGCCAUUUCCCUCAUCUCAUCGCAUUCUUGGCGCGUUUGAGCCGCGCGAAAGCAACGGGUAGAAGAAGCUGAGCCGGCAACCAGCACCAGCACCUCCACCACCGCCAUCAUCUUCAUCAUCAUCAUCAUCGACGCCAGCUCCACCGAAGUCCUACGGCGAGGUGCGCGGAGGUUCCGAUUGCAAUUUCAAAGGAUCUCAACAUCAACAUCAACACCGUAGCAGCGUGGCCGGUCACUCUUCAACCUUUCCAGCAGCAGCAGCAGCCGAUCUCCGUGAGACUGGACGGGGUACUUGUGUACUUCUGAAGUGUGCACUUUUGUGGUGCUGAAAUUUCGCUCUCCACCCCGCUAAAAGUCCUAUUAUGUGAAAUUAUUCGUACCGUUUUACUGUUGAAGAGUUUUUAGUUUUUCGGAAACUUGCUCCGUCUGUGUGCACAGUGGAUUGCAUUUCGAUUGUUCGGUGGACUUUCUUCUUCGAGUGUUGUUGUGCGGCUGUUUUUCUUUCUCGAUGUUUACACGUUUAUGAUCGCCAGCAAAGCAUCGGGAAAUAAAAUUUGCAAAAAAAAAAUAAAUUCAGCAGAAAAAAAAAGAUUGCAAAUCAGAUCUACAGCGUUUCUGUUUGUAAGAAUUCAAUUGAAUUGUUCGACGAUCGCGAAUCAAGCUUUAUUUGGUGAUUAUUUGCUCAAUGUGAAAGUGCAAUGGUGUGAACACGCGCGGAAAGGUGAAGGGUUAAGAAACAGAUGAAACCGGAGCUCUCAAUGUGAAGCAUAAAAACAGUUACUGGGAUGUACAGCUUUAUGAUUCGCUAAUGCGAUUGAAACCAACAGCUCCGGAAAAUAAAGUGAAGAAACAAAACCCGGCAGUACUCCGAACUUCAUCAGAAGCCCAACAGGAAGGAGAAGUUUUGCCACCAGGAAUCCAGUAACGCAAAGACUCGUGCGAAAAGUGGCCUAUCUGGGCAUCUUUGUCUCGCUCCCGGAUGAACGAUGUUCACACUAUCCAGGCUGCCCGAUGAAGAUGACCCAUCGCCCAAUGUUGACAACGGUAGCAACAGCAGCCACAGAAACACUACUGACAGCGAUCCCGGUAGUAGUGUCACCAGUAACCUUGACGCGGCCGGCACCUCGGUUGCCAGUCCAACCGCCUGGAAUCUCGAGCUUGACCUACAAAUGAUCGAAGAAGAGAUGCAAGUGAUCGACACGAUCGAUCAGAGCUACUGGAACGGGAAGUUCGUUCCACCACCACCACGGCCGCCGUUUCUCGAGGAAUCCAUUGCUCCCGAUGGACUGACGACCUGUGACCUGUGCAGCUGGGCCUGGCAGGACAAGGGAACCCUUUCGUUGGACGGAACAAUCAUAGAGGAAAUUUUCUCCCCACCUUCAGAUACCAAGGAGUUCAGCUGGACGUUCACGCUGGUUGUGGUAUCGCUCACAUCGGCCGUAAUCGGUGCCAUAAUCAUGAUAGUGUUUCUUAGAUGUAAAAGGAUACGAUCCAAUCAAAAUGGGAUACGAACAUUGUGCUUUGAUUCGAACAGUGCAAAAGACACUACGGGUCUGAAUUUCGAUAACCAAACUUCAAAAAAUUCCACCAACGGGUCCUGUAGCCCUCGAAGUACCAAUUCGGGAUUGUGGACGUGGUUCAGCAGUCGGAAAAACUUGUCCACACCGGAGCAGUUGGUUAAUUCACAUACGUUGCCGGUGGAGAACCAUUACACCCACAUGGAUGAUAACAACUACAAUCCGGUUCAGAUCGACGAGGCAUCCUACGCGGAAGUGGGAAACGAGAUGGGUCCAUCCGAGACUAAUUCGUAUAAAUCGAGCUCCGUGCAUCAUGGAGGCGACAACGACGUUCUCAUAAUGAAUUGUCCACUGCCAGCUAUUCCGACCGGUUCGCACAGUGGAGGAGCCAGCGGUUCGGGAAGUGCGUACUAUUCCGGUUUACUCAACAGUGCCGAUAUGCCUGGCGACGAGGACGAAGACGAGAGACCGUACGAAAUCGUUGAUCUGAAGGAGAUGUCUUCUCCACACAAAAGCCACAAUGUACAAAGUCAUUUUCUGAACGAAACGAACAAUUUGCUGACCAUUGAAAAGCACUCCGAAGGCCUACCGGAGGGCACAAUUUCAGCGUCCGAUUAUGUUUAGAUUUUUUUAGAUACAGUCUUGGGAAGAUAUUUUAAAGGCUUUAGGAUUAGUGUGUAAGAUGCCUGCGUUAUUUUGAAUCCUGAACUAGGAAAAAAAGCUAUUCGCAUAUGUUUGUUUUUCCGCUGCUUCCGGGUUGGCGUUUCAAUGCAUAAAGCUCUGGUCCCAAAAGCCUGUUGUCAUAUGUUUGAGCCCCGAUCUGAAAGCAUUCUUAGUAUGCAAAGGAUUGUAGUAUAAGGCUAUAAGCCAUGAAAUGAUUCUGCACAGAAUGGUCGAGUUCUAAAAAAGAAAUAUAAUUCCAAGGCUUUGCUUGAAAACAUACCUUCUGGAAGAGUUCAGAAGAGUCAUUCAAAGAGUACAACUGUUUGUGAAUAAUAUUAUGAAGCAGAACGCUGAAGCAUCUAUCAUAACAAUAAUCCAACCGUAGCAGUCAAACGAAUACAAAUUUAAACUACGAAAAAUGUUUGGACAAAAUCACAAAAUAUUCAUUCAUAAAAAGUUGUUCAUUAUUUAAAAAAAUAAAGCUUUUCAAAUUCAAUUUGAUUUCAAAAUAUCGCAAGCGCAUCGCACAUUUUCAGUUCAUAUAAAUAAGAUAAUUCAGAACUCUCUAAAGUAGCUUUUAUCUAUUGUGCAUAAUUUCCAGUAGUCGUGGGUAUUUAUUUCAUUGCAUUGCAUUCGGUAGCAAUCGAUGCUAAUUUAUUUAAAAACAAAAUGAUAUUGAAAUUGUGCAUUAAAACAUUUGUUCGAACACAGACAAAGUCUAGGAUAAACAACAUUCCGUCACAAAUUUUAAGCGACCCUCCUUCUACCCCUGACGUAGAAUUGUGUGAUCCUCUGUAGCCUUAGUAACACUUAGAUUAGUAGAGAAAUUGUAUUUAAAUGUGGAACAUUUUGAUAUUAUACACCAUUUUGAUGGGGGGGAAACCAACGAAUUCUCGGGCGAUCUUCAUUCAAUCAGUAAAGAUUUUAGACGUUUUUUACGCAUUUAUUCGCCGUAAUAAAUGAACCUUGUACAACCUAGUCGUAAGGCAUAACGAAAAACUUGGUAUUGGUAUUUUGUCACUGCUCCCAGCCCUGCCCAUCCGAUACUAUAUACUAGCAUUAAGAAACAGUCAAACAAUCUGUGCUUGAAAAAUAAUCCCAGUUUAGAACUGAACUACAAAAUCCAGCCAAUAUUAGACGCACGUCAGUAGGUGCCGUUUCGAGGUUUGAAAAACAUUGAGCGUAAAGCUUUUUAAAAGCAACAUUUUAAAAUUAAA